AUGGCAUCCAAGCGCGGAUCCUUUGGCGCCACGGUGGCCGUGGGCCUGGCCCUGGUGGCCGCCUGGAGCUGCCUGUGGAGACACGCAGAUGAGGACUUUGUGACGGGCGUGUCUGUGCAGCCCCGUGAGUCGGUGGUGGCCCGCUGUGCUGUCGACAAGGCGAUGAAGGAUCGCCUUGCAUCCGUAGCCAAGACCGCCAAGCUAACGGAUGCCAUGCGAGUGGUUGCCGCAGCCAAGGUGCGCAACGCCCAGAACGGUGUGGAGAAGCAGCGGCCUUUCACCGACGAGCUCCUGAGCAUGAUCAAGGGCCUGGUCAAGCGGCUGAAGGGCAGCGGGUUCGAGGCAGAGCUACCCAUGCUGCGCGUGCCAGAGAAGGUCACCAACGUGGGCAUCCUGAUGAUCACCGCCAACCGAGGCCUGUACGAGCAAGCUGGAGCUGAUGUAAAGGAGUCAUUGAGCGGCUGGGCCAAGCAGCAAGAGGCUGCGCUUGCCGAAGACCAGGAUGAAGUGGACCGCCUUCGAAAGGCGCUAGAAGAAGCACGCCGCUGA